CCUUCGCUUUAGAGCUGAAUAAUCAGAUUACAGGCUGAGAUAGUUCCUUUUUGGUAGAAUACUUCCACCUGGGCCUAUGUGAACAGGACUCAAGGUUUUUCCAGGCGAGCCCUGACCAAACCAGAAGAAGGUGGGACUAUGACUUCCCUCGACCUAGACACUAGAUUCCUAUGGACGGAGCCAGGAAUUACAUUGGGCUUUAACUGUCGUAUCACACUCUACACUCAUCUUCAGCUCGUGAUCUACCACAAUUCCUAGGUCACUUUCAGAUAAUGACAAUGGAACACAUCUGUUUUGUUUUGAAGGAUGGCUAGAAUGAACACCAACUAUCUGACCUUCUUCUUCGCCAUGGAGGAGGUCAGCCAGGACCCCCGGCUUUUCCCCAACGCAACCCUGGGCUACAAUGUUUACGAGAACUAUUUCCACCCCAGGAUCACCUACGACGCCAUGCUGGACUUGCUCUCCCCCGGGCAGAGAAGCAUCCCCAACUACCGAUGCGGGAGGCAGAAGGAACCGCUGGCCGUUCUAGAAGGGGCCAACUCCGAAAUCUCAGGCCAUGUUUCAAAUAUUCUGAGCAUCUACAAGAUCCCACAGGUCAGCUAUGAUGUCACCUCCAGGGACUCUGAACAUAAUGCUCUCUUCCCCUUUUUCUACCGAAUGGUCCCCAAAGAAGAGAUCCUCUAUCCAGGGAUUGUCCAACUCCUCCAGCAUUUUGGGUGGACCUGGAUUGGCCUCUUUGCUCCAGACAACGACAAUGGGGAAAGGUUCAUGCGUAUCCUGAAGCCUCUGCUCACCUCUCAUGGCAUCUGUGUGGCCAUCUCACAAAGUCUCCCUGAAAUGAAUGUGCCUAAAGUGACGCUCACCACUGGCUUCCAUUUCCUAUGGAGACAAGUCAAAGUGUUUAUCUUCUAUGGAGAGAAACGAUCCAUCUCGAGCGGACUAUUCCUUUUAAAGCGUUUACUUGAACACUUGCUGGACUCCACUGUGGGGAAAGUCUGGAUCACCACAGUUUUGUGGGACCUCAGCGUACUGUUCUCCAUGGAUGCCUCUGAAUCCCGGCAGGGCCAUUGGUUCUUUUCGUUUGCAAUCCAGAUGAAGAGGAGGCCAAAAUACGAACAAGUGAAUGAAAAACACUUAUUUUCUUACGAGGUGGAGUUUUUUGACUGCACUUAUUCAAAACACGAGCUAUCUGUGAAGGGACGAGGAAGGUGCAAACAGAAAGGAGAUAUGCCUCUAAAUGUUCUUGAAUACAGCCUGACCCCAGAAAGCUACAGUAUUUACCACAGUGCCCUGGCUGUCGCUUAUGCUGUCCAUGCAGCAAUGUCAUCCACAUCGAAGAACAUGAGAAGAUGCCGCAGAGCAGACAAUUUGGACCUUCCAGAACUGCAUCCAUGGCAGGUAUCCCCCUUUUUUUUAAUCCAUCCCAUGUUUGCCCAGAACUAUAGACGGAAUCUUAGGAUAUUGACCAGUAGAGAAGGGCAAAAAACAUGAUCAAAGGUUUGGAAGCCAGGCCCUAUGUGGAGCGACUGAGGGAGCUGGGAAUGUUAAUCUUGGAUCAGGGACAGGGACAUGAUAGCCAUAUUUAAAGGAUGUCAUAUUGAGAAACAUGUUUUCUGCUGCUCUAGACAUGGAACAAUGAAUUCGAAUGGAAAGUAAAUAGAUAGCACCUUGACAUUUGGAAGGAUUUCUUGAUGGUAAGAAGAGCUGUUCAAUAAUGAAUGUGCUGCUUUGGAGUCUAAUGGAGCCUCUUUCUCUGCAGUUUUUUAAGGAGUUAUUGAAUGGCCGUGCAACCUGGGUGCUCUUGACAAAAAGCUAUCCUGCCGAUUAAACCAAGUUUUUUUGGGAAAAAGAAAUAAAGGGGGAAAUGCCUUUCUCUGGACAUUCCUGUUGGAGUUCUAGAGUUGGAAGGGAUCCCCAAGGCCAUUCAGUCCCACCCUGUUAUUGAAAAAUCAGAUCCUAAAUUAUGAAUUUCUAGAUUGGGACAUACAGCAAGGGUGGGAGUCUUUGUCCUGUAGUAACCUUUCAUGAAUUGAUUUGGAAUGUUGCCCAAAACACCCUGGACUUUAUGAGACAAAUCCGUAAAAUUAUCAUAAUCCUUUCACAAUGAACUAGGGAACAUGAGGGAAACACACAGUGGGGCUUACGUUGGAACUGAGGGUCCUUUUUUCCUGUUCUGCCUGAUAUGAUCUGGGAGGGGUUCCUGUUCCAUGCCUCAAGCCAGAUCCAACCAAUGACACCCAUUGAGAUGGCCAUCACCUAAUGCACCCAUUGUGUAUCUGAACUAACUGCAUUGUAUCCAUCAGAGCCAGGACAUUAAGCCCAUAAAAUAAGUUUAUGAGCCAAUCAGGAGCUAAUGCGGGUAUCUUGAAUAGCGAUCAAAAUGAAAUACACAUUCUCUGUAUUCACAACUACAUGCUGGAAUCCUGAACGCGCAGUUCUUGAGGUAGUAGAAAUCACACCAGACCCCUUCUAUCAGACUUAAAGACACAAUCCAAGCAUUCAAAACCAAUGACCAAUCAGCUUAUGCUUAAACAUCUCAAGAGAAAGAAAUGCCACUGGACUCCCAGGAAGCGGUGUAGUCCACAGCUGAACAGAUCUCACCACCUGGAAGGUCUUCCUAAUGUUUUCCCAAUGUUUAGGUGGAAUCUCUGUUUCUGAUGUUGUACCCAUGGCUCCAUUGUGUCAUGCUGCUGCAAAGAAGUUGUCAGGAAUUUCUGUAGACUAUUUGUUGCAAUGAAACUCUUGUUGUUCCCAAAAAUACUUUAUUGUUUAAGACAGCAGAAGCCCACCAGCGCUUUCACUUGCUGCUUUUCACUGUCCUUCCAGCUGGAUCGAUUCCUGAGCAAUUUCGGAGUUUACAACUCUUCCAUGGAUGGGGUGUAUGUGGAGGAGAACAGAGAACUGUCGGCCAACUUUGACAUUCAAGGCACAAUAGUGUGGCCAAAUAAAAGCACUGAGAAAAUUAAAUUUGGGAGUUUAGAGAGGCAGGAAUCGCUGGAACAAAGACUCACAAUUGAGGAGAGCGCCAUCAUGUGGCUUGAAGGGGUUA